GGGUUUGGUGCGGGGGUUUGUUUGGGGGGUGGAUGCUGAAGGCAAAACGGUAAACAGGGCAGGCAGACGUACUGUUUGUGGUGACGGAGGCAUGUUGAGGUCUUGGUUGUGUACUGUACAUACGAAAUAGAGAGUGCGAUGAAGACGGAGAAGCGGAGAAGCGGAGGAGCCUGCAGACUGAGAGAUACGGAGGUGGAUGACGCUAUCGUCCAUUCUCCCGCUUGGCAUUUCCGGGCCGGGCGGGUUGUUUGGCUUCCUUCGGUUGCUAUACUCCUACUUCACUCAUCGCUCCCCCUUGUUUAUCUUUCAUUCUCCUCUCAACAACAGUCUACGUUGAUUCAAAAAAAAUUCUACCCACGAGCCACUUCUUGCUAUGGUCAGAGAAGAAGAUUAAUAUUAACAUCAAAACUCAUCAAUCAAUAAUAUACAAGAACAUCGUAUCAUAAGGGUAUACAAUAAUAUAAGGUAAAAUGUUCCUGUCG